AUGACGUCAGCGCACGCGUCCACGGCCGCGCGCGCGGCGCCGCGCGUCGCGCUCCCGCGCGCGUCCUCGUCCGGGCCCCGCGCGUCGUCGCGGAUCACGUCGUCGGGCGCGACGCGCGGCGGCGCUCUGCCCGCCAGAAACGCGGGGACGACGAAGCGCGCGGUGGGCCCAUCCAGGACUCGCGCGGCGCGCGCGUCCGCGUCCGCCGCCGGAUCGGACGACGACGACGUCCACAGCGUCGUCGUCAUCGGCAGCGGCCCCGCGGGGUACACCGCGGCCAUCUACGCCGGCAGAGCGGACCUCUCCCCGAUCGUCUUCGAGGGCUUCCAAGCCGGCGGCGUCCCGGGCGGCCAGCUCAUGACGACGACUGAGGUGGAAAACUUCCCGGGGUUUCCGGAGGGCGUCACGGGGCCGGACCUCAUGGACAAGAUGCGCAAGCAAGCCGAGCGGUGGGGCGCGACGCUGCACACGGAGGACGUCGAGCGCGUGGACUUUUCGGUCAGGCCGUUCGUGAUCGAGUCCAGCGAGCGCGUCGUGAAGGCGCACAGCGUGAUCUUGGCCACGGGCGCGACGGCCAAGCGGCUCAAGAUCCCGAGCGAGGAGACGUUCUGGAGCCGAGGCAUCUCCGCGUGCGCCAUCUGCGACGGCCCGUCGCCGAUCUUCAAGGGCGAGGAGCUGGCGGUCGUCGGCGGCGGCGACACCGCGACGGAGGAGGCGCUGUACCUGACGAAGUACGGCAAGCACGUGCAUCUGCUCGUGCGCGGGGAGAAGAUGAAGGCGCGUUCUAUACACUGCAAGGAGAUGCGUAACCGCGUGGUCGCGAACAAGCAGAUCACCACGCACUACAACACGGAGUGUUACGACGCGUUCGGCAACGCGAAGGGAUUCUUGAGUGGGUUGAACCUGCGCGACACGAAGACGGGGGAGACGAGCAAGCUCGCGGUGAAGGGGAUGUUUUACGGCAUCGGACACUCGCCCAACAGGCGCUGCGACGACCUCGGCUACGUCGUGAUUAAGGAUGGCGGCGCGGGCACGUCCGUCCCCGGCGUGUUCAGCGCGGGCGACCUGCACGACACGGAGUGGAUGCAGGCGAUCACCGCCGCGGGGAGCGGGUGCAUGGCUGCGAUCAGCGCGGAGCGGUACCUGGGAACCGAGGGGUUGCUCGUCGAGAGAGACGCGAAGGAGACGAAGCUCAAGGCGGACAAGGAGAACGAGGGUGACGUCGAGGAGGAGAGCAAGGCGACGUUCGACGGCGACAAGGUGAAGCACAAGGGCCAGUUCGCGUUGCGCAAGCUGUACCACGAGAGCGACCGCGUGCUCAUGGUGCUGUACAGCGGCCCGAACUGCGGCCCGUGCAAGCGCCUGAAGCCGAUGCUGGAUAAGGUGUUGGACGAGUACGGCGACGACGUGCACUUCGUCGAGAUCGACAUCGAGAAGGACUCCGAGAUCGCGCAGGCCGCGGGCAUCUCCGGGACGCCGUGCGUGCAGGUGUUCAAGAACAAGGAGCGGAUAGAGGUGAUGAACGGCGUGAAGAUGAAGAGCGUUUACCGCGAGGUCAUCGACAAGGCGGCGGGGAAGGUUCCCGCGCGGUAA